CGGAAGUGAGACAGGCAAAAACAAGAUUACGGAAAGAGUGGAGCGAAAGAGAGAGAGAGAGAGAGAGUCUGACGUACGGCUGUAUCAGCAAGACGAGUGGAGAACAAAACCAGCCCAAACUCUUUUAUUUAUCACACAGUGCGUGUCUUAUGGAGUAAAGAAGAGCUUUUUUGGUCAAGACAAGCAAAAUAUCACAAUGAGUUGUGCGAAUUGAGAGGAUUUUUGUGAAAUUCAAAAGUUGAUCUCAGAAGACCUCCAUCUGAAAACAACUACUACUGCCCACACAUUGUUUUGCUUCUGGCUCUUUCUUUGUGUGCUACUAGUCCUUAACAUAUUUUCUCCAUUUGGGAACAACUGGUCUCAUAUCUUAUGGCUACUUGAGAAGUGCUUGCUUUGGAUCUCACCUGCUGUUUGUAUAUGAGGUGUGUGUAAACGCUGACGUGUGUCCAAAGUAAGACACUCUGUGACUCAGCUGUUCCCAGAAUUAGGGUCAAACAACACUAUUAGACAAAGGUGUGCCUAAAACCGCCACUUUCUGCAGUUUUGAGUUCUGCAUCCCAAUGAUGGAUGAAGCCUAAAAGUUUAUGACAUCAGAAGAAACUGAUAGCACAUUUUUUAUGAGAUAGAAAUAAAGACACAAAGAAUCGAUCCUGCAAAACUCUUGCGGCCAACUUUCAAGUGCUAAAACUCAGGAAUAUGAAAUAAAAAAUUUUGGGGGGGUCAAUAGGCAAACACCCACUGCCAGGAUUUUGUAAUUUUAUCAGUAAAAAGUCUGUUUUAAGCUCAUUUGAAUUAGGCACAAACUAGAGCAGGUCAUGGCAGAUUCAUGUUCAGACACAGUCGAUGGUGAGAUUUCAGAGGGACAGAAGUUAAACAAAACCAGAAAAGAGGACCCUGCUAGAGCGCAGGACAAGGAAAUAAGCUCAGAAGUUGUGGGUUCCAUUGAGCAAUCCUGUCCUGUGAACGUUUCACACAUAAUGAAAGAUGACAUCACACCACGCAAAGAUCCUCCCACCACCACAUCUUCUCUCAAGGAUGAUGCUAACGCAGCUCAGUCGCACUCUGUGAUCAGUCAAAGCCAAGACAAAACGGAGGAUUCUGAGAUCAUCAAUAGCCAAUCACACACCCCCAGCCAGUCAGAGGUGACGCCCACUUUCUCCAUGGCCAGCCUGGAAUUCUCAGAGGAGACUAAUGGGAUACCACCAGAUGGACCUUCGAUUUCAACCGAAUCUGCUCAGGAUGUCAAAUUGUCACCUGACAAAGUUCCCUCUGAAGGAGCAAGUGCUGGGGUUUCUAGGGAUGUGGCGUCAGAGCCGACCAUGCCAGCGUAUUAUUUUGUCAAGUGGAUUACGUGGAAGGAGAAGAAGACAGCCAUCAUCACACAGAGUGAGAAUGGACCCUGCCCGCUGAUAGCCAUCAUGAACAUUCUGUUGCUGCGGUGGAAGGUGAAGUUGCCGGCUCAAACAGAAGUGGUCACCACAGAAGAGCUGAUGUCUCACCUCGGGGAGUGCGUGCUGUCCAUCAAACCACGAGAGAAAGCUGUGGGGAUGGAACUCAAUUUUCAGCAGAACAUGAGCGACGCGAUGGCCGUGCUGCCCAAACUCUCGACAGGCCUCGACGUUAACGUGCGAUUUAUGGGCGUAUCUGAUUUCGAGUACACGCCCGAGUGCAUCGUCUUUGAUCUGCUCGACAUCCCGCUUUACCACGGCUGGCUUGUGGACCCGCAGAGUCCUGAAACGGUGUCCGCUGUGGGAAAGCUCAGCUAUAACCAGCUGGUUGAGAAGAUCAUUGAGUUCAAGCACUCGACGGAUAGCAGUAAAGUCAGCGAAGGUUUGACAGCGGAGCAGUUUUUGGAGUCCACGGCAACGCAGCUGUCAUAUCACGGCCUGUGUGAGCUGAACACAGCAGCCAAGGAUGAAGAGCUCUGUGUGUUCUUCAGGAACAACCACUUCAGCACAAUGAUAAAGCACAAGGGUCAUCUGUAUCUGCUGGUCACAGAUCAGGGCUUCCUGCAGGAGGAGAACGUGGUGUGGGAGAGUCUUCAUAAUGUGGAGGGCGAUGGAAAUUUCUGCGAUUCGGACUUCAGGUUGUGCCGUCCGUCCCAGAAACCCCAAGCAGCCAGCCAGCCCACCGCACAGCAACAGCAGAUGCAGAUCAACCAGGAUUAUCUGGUGGCGAUGUCUCUACAGCAGGAGCAGGGUGAAGCCCCCGGACCCCUGAGCGACCUGGAGCUGGCCAGACAACUUCAGCAGGAAGAGUACCAACAACCCCAAACCCAACAACAGACAUCAGCAGGACAGACGAGAGGUCAACCUGCGGCCCAGCAGAGCGGACAGAGACGCAGAGAAAAGAAAGACAACUCGGAUUGUUGUAUUCUUUAAAUAAGCAUCUUAACAUGACAAUAAGCAGACUGUUUAAAAUCAGAUCAGUUUCAGUUGACAUCUUUCUUCUGUACCAGUAUUGCAACAAAGGACUUUAGUCCCAGCCGAGCUGACCUGUCGUCCUAUUGCCAAGUCUGCCUUUACAUCACAGUCAUCCCCUUGAUUUUGCCUUUCUGUUAGUCUCAUAGUCAGAACUAUCGCUUAUCAUUUUCUGCUGGACCAAAUAACGGUAGCAGUUGAUUUUAAGCUCUGAGCAUUUUUUACAGUGCCAGGAAGGAACUCCUAAUUAUAGUAGACUGAAGUAUGCAUUUGAAGGAUCGUAAUGGUAAAUAAUCAGGUAUUGUAAUACCAGACUACUACUGUCUGAAGUUGAUCUGUACAUAGUCUUAUCCAAAGUUAUGUGCAGUACACCAAGUACGUAAUACUAUGUACUUUGAUUCACUCGGCGUCUUGUCCUUUAAGCUGAGCCAAUAAAAGCUACUUCUGUGUUAAA